UCACAAAAGUAGGCGAGCGCGCACGUGUACGAAUUUACGGGAAACUCGCGGAAAAUGGAGUACCUCAGCGAUGCGGCGAGUGGAAAUCCGCUACCGAGCGGCUCGGGGACGGUGAACAAAAUCCUGUGCUGCGAGUGUGGCGUUCCGAUCGAGCCAAAUGCCACCAACAUGUGCGUCCCGUGUCUGCGCUCGCACGUCGACAUCACGGAGAACAUCCCGAAGCAGGCGGUGAUCUUCUUUUGCCGGAACUGCGAGCGCUACCUCAACCCGCCGAACGAAUGGGUUCCGUGUGGUCUCGAGUCCAAGGAGCUGCUGUCGCUCUGCCUUAAGCGGCUGUCGGGGCUGAAGCAGGUGAAGCUGGUCGAUGCCGGGUUCGUGUGGACGGAGCCGCACUCGAAGCGCAUCAAGGUAAAGCUGACCGUCCACGGUGAGGUGAUGAACGAUGUCGUGCUGCAGCAGGUCUUCGUGGUGGAGUUUACGGUCAACAAUCAGAUGUGCGACGAUUGUCACCGGACGGAGGCCAAGGACUUUUGGCGCUGCAUGGUACAGGUUCGCCAGAAGGCCGUCAACCGGAAGACGCUCUUCUAUCUGGAGCAGAUGAUCCUAAAGCACCGGGCACACGAGAACACGCUCGGCAUCAAACCGACCGCCGGGGGGUUGGACUUUUUCUAUGCGACCGAUGCACACGCCCGCAAGAUGGUCGAUUUCUUGCAAGCCGUCCUGCCGGUCAAGGUCACGAACUCGAAGAAGCUCAUUUCGCACGACAUUCACAGCAACUCGUACAACUACAAGUACUCGUACGCGGUGGACAUUGUACCGGUUUCCAAGGGUAGUCUGGUGUGCCUGAGCAAGCGGUUAGCCCAGCAGAUGGGUCACAUCGCUCCCGUGUGUCUGGUGACGAAGGUGGCCAACUCCAUCCAUCUAAUCGAUCCACAAACGGCCCAAUUGGCCGAGGUACAGAAUAUGGCAUUCUGGAAGUGCCCGUUCGAGGCAAUCUGCAAUCCGAAGCAGAUGGUCGAAUUCAUCGUAAUGGACGUCGAGUUCCGCGAUCAGAAAGCGUUCCCCGGCCAGGGUCCAGUUUCGAUGCGCCACACACUGGCCGACGUUUGGGUGGUGAAGGCUUCGGAGCUCGGGCUCGACAAUAGCACGGUGCACGUACGAUCACAUCUCGGCAAUCUGCUCAAACCGGGCGACACCGUGCUGGGGUACGAUCUGCGUGAUGCCAACGUGAACAAUGCCGACUUCGAGAAGCUGAGCGCGGACACCAUUCCAAAUGUGCUGCUGGUGAAGAAAUCGUACGAUAAGACGGUUCGCAAGCAGAACCGUAACUGGAAGCUGAAACACCUGGCCGAGGACGUUGCGCUCGAUACGGACAUCGAGAACGAUUACAACGAGUUCCUGGAGGAUCUCGAGGAGGAUCCGGAGCUGCGCCAGAACGUGAACAUCUUCAAGGACAGCAAGCGGCAGCAGAUGCCCGUGGACACGAACGAUAUGGAUGAUUCGUCGGUACCGCGCAUCACGCUCGAGGAGAUGCUGGACGAUCUAGUGCUCGACGAUGCCGAGAUGGGCGAUGGUUAGAGUAGGCUGGGUUGCUUUCGGAUUUUGUUUCAUUUCCUUUUGUUUCCCUCAAUAAACAGGUGCAUUAGUAGGCUCGUUGUUCUACUUGGCUACAUCAUCGCA